AUGUUGACUGCUCAGCAACAGCAGCCUCUCCACGGUUCCAUGGGCACAGCUCCCAUGCGUGAGAGAAGCAUUUCCAAGAGACAAGCAUCUCGAGAGAUUCUGAGAGAAGUUGCAAGGAAGGCGAAGCAUAAUGUUUUAGAGAGCGAUGGCAGCAAUCAAGAAGCGCAAACAUCUCCUACUACGAAGAUCAACCACAACCCACAACCAGUCAUAGCAUCAAGACUCAGACCCCUCGACAGGUCCACACCCUGGAGCAGCAUCAAUGCUCUCAUGCGGUUCAACACCAAAGAUCACCAGUUCUGGUGGAACACGACGGGCCGUUUCUUUGCCACGCUGCUCGAGCAAGCUGGCUACAGCGCGACUGAGCAGUACCGCGAGCUCUUCUUCUAUGCCAUGCACGUUGCCCCGGAGCUCGGUCCAUCACCCGACUCUCAGGGUAACGUGCAGAGGUGGCGCAGCCCUGGUACUCCGGAUUCAACUCCCAUUGACUUUAGCUGGGAAUGGGGAUUGGACGGCAACGGUGUGGUGAGGUACUCUUUUGAGCCCAUUGGACCAAACGCAGGAACACCACUUGAUCCCUUGAACUCGCACGCAACCGAGGAUUGGAUCAACAGGCUCGACCGUCAGGGUUUAGUCCGGGGCUUGGACCUGGAAUGGUACAAGUACUUUACACAGACCCUGCUUCCUGCCUCAGAAGAUGAUUCGCGUACAUCCAAGACAACUGAAGACUUCAUCGAGGAGACGACUCCCAGGGCAGGAACAGUGGUGGCCCUGGAUCUGGAGAAGCGCGGGCCCGUAAUGAAGAUCUACAUUUACCCUGGUCUCAAGGCGGCCGAGAUGGGGAUAGAAGCACUCGAGCUGGUAGCCAGGUCCAUCAGGGGCCUCCCGCCUGCCCAGUAUGCAUCCCUCAAGGACAACGUCGAGCCGCUGCUUGACUAUCUCCAGGGCGAAGGUGCACGAAAAUGGGGGUUCGAGACGGGCAUUCUGUCCAUCGACCUGCUCGACCCUGCCGACGCCAGGAUCAAGAUUUACGUCCGCGCGCCACACACUAGCGUCGAGUACUUGAUGGACGCACUCACCCUCGGCGGCAGGCUUGACCUAUCCGAGGCGUCAGGGUAUAGCAAGAAGGCCCUGGCCGACCUGGUUGAUUUUUGGAACAUGCUACUCGGCGACUCGCCCGACGAGCUGCCCACUGGUCACCCGGGCAGAGCAAGGCCAGGCUUUUACUACACGGUCAAGGCGGGCAAGCCCGUCAGCCCCAAAGUCUAUAUCAGUCCAUUUUGGUUCGUCAAAAAUGACAAGGAGGUCAUGCAGAGGAUGCGCAACUACUUGAGCACACGAGAGGACGAGCCAGACAUGCUUGGCCAGAUGGCGAGGUAUGAGGGGGCUUUGGAGAGUUAUUUUGGCGACCAAGUACUAGAGAAGCGAUGUGGCAGUCACUACUACGUCGGGUGUGCACUGCAGAAAGACCAGCUACGGCUUGUGACGUAUCUGACACCACAAACAUUUGAGUGUGAAAGAGAACGGCUGCAGAAUUCAGAGGCAAAGAGGCCAACCACAGAGACACAAGGUGGUGAAACAAGAUCCGAGUGA